AUGAAUUUACAGGUAUCUGAGCUCACAAAGACGCAUAUCAGCAACACUGCCAUAAAAGUAAGCUCAGACUCCUCAAUGGUGAUAAAAGAACUAGCAAGGACUAUGAAAACAAUGAAGAAAUCAUCUGCAAUAGAUCUCCUAGUGGGAGAAAUGAACAAUUCAGUUUUGGAGCUCCAAGAGGACUUGAAAUCUCUUCCUAAAUUAUUCAUUAAUCCACAGCCGCUUCUGCAAGAACCCGAAAGUCCUGAAAACAACAAUAAAACAAAAGCAGAAGCAGCAGCAGUUGCUCUCAUGGACAUAAUUCCACUUGGGACUUUAACUUCUCUGCUGAUUGAGAUUGUUGCUAGGAUUGAAGGCAUGGUUAGUGCAGUUCAAGAGCUGGCAAAGCUGGCCGAAUUCAAGGCAGUCGGCGAUCGGAAGGCGAAUCAGAAUCAGACUACUAACAAAGUUAUACCAGAUCAAAGUGCCCUCCAAAGGGUUUGAGAUAGAUUUGUACAUUGAUUAUUGUUCUUCGUCGAUUGUUUUGCCAAAAAGGGGGCAAGAAAUAUAUAGUAAUGAGGUGGUGCUGUAAAUUAUACCAAUCUAACAAAUUGAACAUAAUUCAAAAUCUGUCAAUUGAUCA